AUGGAAGAUGAUAAUCUAGAAAGCUAUUCAACCAAUUGUUUGAACGCGGGUUACAAGAGUCUGGGAAAUAAAACCAUAUUUUUGGCAAAGACAGUCGCAGAUAGACUUAUGUGCACACUCAUGACAGGAGCAUUAAAUUUCCUGAACAAGUGGCGUAAGCAGUCAGGCGGUUCGAACAAAAACGACCCUACUAAUGAAGCGUUGAAGGAACAUAUAAGGUGCGCAAUAGUAAAUGUAUUCAUGUACAUAUUGCUGGCAUCUCCAUGCAAAAGUCAAAUGGGAAUAAAUAAUGCAUGGUACACUGUGCAACAAAUGGAAGGGGGCACGACGGGUGGUUUAAUAACCGACGGUAAAUGUGCACAGGGAGUGUUUCAAAACAUACAAAUAGGAGAAUUUGACAUGCAGACUAAGAUUCAGGAAUGGUUAAAGAAAAACAAGAGAGUGACUGACAAAAUUGGAGGGGAAAACAUACAAGGCAUAUGUAAGAAAAAACUAGACGAACUUGGCGUGGCCAGGCAGGACGAAAAUGACAUGGAUGAGAGCAUAGAACUGACGAAAACGGAGAAAGAAGCUAUAAGUGAGUUAGGCCAAGCACUGAAGACCAUAGUUGAGGAGGUGAAGACGGCGGUAAUGCAAUGCGCGCGGGAAAAUGGAGCAUGCAUAGACCCAAGCGAACACGCCGCCAGUAGCCAACUCGAGGAUAAUGACAGUAAGGCCACAGUAUCGAACUCUGUCGCCGGCGGCACAACAGCAACGGAACCGACAGACAAGAGCAAACACACACAGAAGGACUCUUCUCCAAAGGCCCCAAAAGAACACAACGGAAGUAAAGACUCACAGGAGCCCAAGGUAACAGCGACACCACCACAACAAGGAAGAGCAGAUACAACAGCAGGGGACGCCGUACCAUCAGCAUCCGUGUCACCCCAGGCAGAGCCAUCAUUACCACCAGAGAGUGGAGCAUCCGGUACAGCAGGAUCCGCAACACCCACAAACAAGUCAGGAGCGGAGGCACAGACGCCACAGGCCACUGUUACCACAAACCUGCCGGAUACAGGUUCCGGUCAGGACCAUGUCACCACCCAAAA